AUGUCACCAACUAAGGAUUUCGAAGAUGGGGAGAAGGCGCCGGCCUCAAUUGAACCCACCAACAGUGUUGACAUUGCCGAGGGUGACACUUUGGUGGAGGAAGCGGCUGUGCUCAAGAAAAUUGACUUAUUUGUCCUGCCUCUGCUAUUUGUCACGUACAUCCUUCAAUUUCUUGAUAAAACCAGCCUGGGAAACACGGCCAUUCUUGGCGUCAUCCAAGAUACGAAACUUGUUGGACAAGAAUUUUCCUGGCUGAAUAGUGCAUUCUACUUUGGCUACCUCGUUGCGAGUUACCCUGUCUCGAUCAUCUUGGUCAAACUACCCCUGGGAAAGACAAUGUCAAUCUCAAUAAUUCUUUGGGCCAUCGUUCUUGCUUGCCACGGCGCGACCAACAAUUUUAUUGGCCUUUGCAUCGUCAGAGUACUGCUUGGUAUUUUUGAAAGCACAAUUAGCCCUGGAUUUUCACUCAUCACCGGCCUAUGGUAUAAACCAUCAGAACACGCUGCACGACAUGGAGUUUGGUUUCUUGGCAACUCUGUUGGAGCAUUCUGCGGUGCUCUAAUCUCAUUUGGCUGCUCAUACAUCACCACUGGACCUCUGGAACCUUGGAGGUGGUUGUUCAUUAUGCUGGGCAUCAUUACUGCUUUGUGGGGUAUUGUUUUGUUGUUUACCCUGCCAGAUACACCCAAGACCGCCCGGUUUUUGAACCCAGCACAGCGAAUUAUCGCCAGCCAACGACCGCAGAAACAGCAGAGGACUUUCAAGACAAACAAAUGGUCUCAUGCUCAAUUCAUAGAAGCUAUCAAGGACCCAAAGACGUGGUUUCUUUUCGUCAUCACAACCAUCUCAAGCUUGACCAAUGGUGUCAUCUCAAACUUUACGUCCCUUAUCGUCGCAGGACUUGGCUACAACACUAGAACCACUCUGCUCCUCGGCCUACCAAUAGCAGCCUUCCAAUUCGUUGUCAUUUUUGUUUCUACCCUUCUUGCCGACAAGUUUCGGAGAUCUCGCUGCAUUGUGAUUAUCGGAGGCUAUCUUGUCGCUCUCCUCGGCGUUUUACUUAUCCGACAACUUCCAGUUACCAUGAAAGCAGGCCGUUACGUAGGCGUGCUGCUUCUUGUCGCCUCCUCAAACAUAUUUCCCCUGAUGUUGAGUCUGAUUGCUUCCAACACUGCCGGUUUUACCAAGAAGGCGACAGUCAAUGCAAUCUUUUUCAUUGGUUACUGCGCUGGUAACAUUGGAGGGCCCCAGUUGUUCAUUGCCAAAGAAGCUCCUACUUACCAGACUGCCUUCACUGCUCUACUCGCAAUUUUCUGCCUUGUAAUUGUUCUCCUCGCGUUAUUCAGGGUUUACUUGAACUGGGAGAAUAAGCGACGGGACAAAGAUCAGGGCGUGUGCAUUGAUCCUGAGGCGCGCGAUAACUCGCCUGGUGUAGUCCAGGACGAGAAUGCCGAGGAGAUUGACGAAACCGACUGGGAGAAUAAGAGCUUUCGAUAUUAUCUGUAG